AUGGUAACCAUGCUUUACCUUAUAAUUGUAUAUUUUAUUAUGGUGAUGUAUGUUGAUAGUGAGGAAUGUUCAAAAAAAGUUACAGAGUUAAAAUCAAGUGAGAGAAAAUUGAGAAACGAGUUGGUCCGUCUACAGAAUGUGUUUAUAGAACGUCUUUCUAGAGCUGAUAACGAUGAUGUACAGUAUAUAAAGAUGAGAAAGUUUAUAGGAUUUUCGGCAUAUAUGUCAACGAGUUUUGUGGAUGGUCAUAGUAGUUCCUUGUCAGAGGGGAAAACGCUGAUCUUUGACCAGACAGAAACUAACACAGCUAGUGUCUACAACACCAACACAGGCAUCUUUCAAGCGCCAUCUAGUGGAAUGUAUGCCUUUACAUGGACUAUUUGUGUAAAUAGUAACAUAAAGGAGGGUGGAGGGUAUGGAGAAUUUGGAACAGAUUUGGUUGUUGACGGACGGAUUUGUGGAAAAGUACACGCAGACACAGAAACUGGUGGUGAUGACGCCUGCUCUACUGGAUUUGUAACGAAAUACGUCAGAGGAGGCGGUACUGUUUAUUUGAGAAAUACCUCUGACCAUCAAGGUCGUCUUCGAAGCAGCGACGGUCAUACACGUACAACAUUUUCAGGAUGGAAACUAAACUAGAUAAUCUUAUAUCAAGCUUAAUAAAGAUUGUGUAAUA